AUGGGUAUUUGUGUUGCACGUAGAGAGUCGGUGCUUGUUCUGUUACAGGCGGUACGUACCGUUGCUCAAACAUCAGAAGAGAGAGAUGCACUGGGACUGAAACCAACCACAAAGAAGAUGGAUCCGACUCUGUUGUCUAAGCUGUUUCCUGAUGGUUCUUCUGGGAAACAUUGUUCGAAAUGGAAAGUUUUCAACCCUCAGUGGUAUCUACUGGAGCACCAUUCCGAAAACGCCUUCUGUUACAGUAUAGAAGAGCUUCGUGAAGCAUUGAAAAUGAUGCAGGUUGCUAAAGCAGAUGAAGCAAAGAAGAGCGAGAAGAUGCACAAGGCCAACCUUUAUUCCUUGAUAAACUGUGUGGAUUCGCUAGCUGUAUUGCAUGGAGAGCUGGAACGUAGUAAUAAAGCCGGCGAAUUUGCAGUCAUCAAGCAGAUUGGGAAUCAGAUUUCUGAAGCACGCUUGAAAGCUGAGAGCGUGUUUAAGGAUGUUUUAUCUCGCAAGGAUCGUGCUGAUGCCACUAGAAACGCUCUUUCUGUCCUCACUCGGUUCAAGUUCAUUUUCUUUCUCAGUAAGACAAUAGACGACAAUAUGAAAAAGGGUGAAUAUUUGACCAUCCUGAAUGACUACAUGCGAGCAAAGUCUCUGUACAAAGAUACUGAGGUUGCCUUAUUCAAAGAAGUAAUGGCUCAUCUGGAUACAAAAAUGGAGAAGUUUAAAGAGGAGAUGAAGAUGAAGCUGAUCGAUACUUCAGCUUCAUUUGAAGAGCAGAGCAAGCUUAUCAAGUAUCUCAAGAUACUUGAGCCUGAAUCGGAUCCGACAUGGGAAUGUAUUACUGCGUACCACUGUUGGCUGGAGGAAGUUUUAUGGAAACUGCAAGAAACUCAUUACAAAAAAGCUGUUGAAGCAGAGAGUAAUUUUGAAGAUAAUCGGUUUACAAUUUUGGAAACCAAUGAACGCCAAGUUUUCGUCUCUUCAUUAGUUUCCGUGUUGAUGCAUAAACUGCAAUCAUUUUGGAAACUCUCCAACACCUACACAACAAAUGAGGAGCGCUGGACCCAGCGUCAAGACGACAUCAACCAAAUGUUGGUGAAUACUAUAAAUGUUUCUUCAUGGUUGAUACUUAACGCGCUAGUGCCGAAAGCAUUACCAGAUGACGUCAUCAAGAGGUUGGAUUUACUUCUCAAAAUGAAGCAAAUACAGCACUUGUCACUUAUUCGGUCCAUACUUCUUAAUGUGGUUUUCGUCAGGUAUGAAGCGCAGUUCGUGCGAUGGCCUGAAAUUUCCGCUCAGACAACGAGGACGGUACUGACACAUAGUCUCAAAACUUUGAGAUCGUUCAUUUCUUCUCUUUUGGAAGCGCAGUUCACUUCAACUCAUGUGCAACCUUUAGUCGAACUCUGCAUGACAGUACGGUUGAAAUUCGUCUCGGACGUCAUCGACAGCGGUGUGGAAAGUAUUUGCGCACUCGGUGCGAAAGAGGAUUGGAAACAAGAUUUCAGUUCAAGUAUUGCCGCAAAGACAGCGCUGCCAGACUUUUACGAGAAUGAGGUGUUCGAUUGUUUAUCUGCUGUGAGAGACGCACUUUCUACUUCUGGAUAUCCGAACGAGGCCUGCUUAUUUUCUCGUGAACGGUUUCGAAGUACUUUAGUCGAUAUCUUUGUCCAUUUGCUAACGGCCAUCAGGCAUUGUUUUGACAGGUUACUUAAUUUGCGGGCAGAUCUAAAGAAACCUCAGGAUCUUGACCUCAAUCGCAAGGACGAGGAAAAAAGUCAUCUCACAACGAAGAAAUUGCUCAUUAGCAUUUGCAAUUUGGAGUUCAUAUUGGAAACCGCGUUGAAAAACAUUAGCCGACGUUUGCUCGAUUGUGGUGUGAAGUAUGCGGAUGAGGUAUACGAGAAGUCGAAGUCCAAGUUGUCAAUGUACAGGAAGACUCUUGUCCGGUGCUACAUUAUGAUCAAGAGCAGCGCUUUCACGUCUCUGAUAGACUCUGCUAACUACGAGUUUAUACCCGAUGACGGAUAUGUGUCAUCAUAUAAAACCGUCGUGCGCAUAGAUGUGUCGGAUUAUGCGAAAGAAAUAAUGAUGUGUUGCGUUCUACAACAAGCUGAAUUGGAACUAUGCGCUCCUCAGUUAACUUCACAAUGUCUACAGGCGGCUUUCGACAACUUAUUAGACCACUUGGAAGCACGCGAACCAGCUUCUGAACGUGAAGUUACUCAGAGAGUUAUUGAUAUCUGCGCUCUAGAGCAGCUACUAGGCGGACCCAUGUCAAUGCGUAUCGCGCUGGCCUGGUCGGUCAACUUGAUCAGAGGUGAGUUGAUCCUUCUGAAGGUCACAGAUGGCGAAGGCUAUGAAGUGGGCAAUAGAAAGCGAUUUGCUGCUGUAUUGCGAAUGGAACUGUUUCUGUUGUUGUGCAGUUUCUUUGUAUAUCAUCAAUUAAUGCUUUACUUCGAUAAGGAGGAGCAUGAGAAAUACGAAAGGAGAAAUGUCGCUAAAGAUCGCAAUCGUGCUUCAACAGCUUUGAUUAUUUUCAUGGUUGCGGCACAAAUGGUGUAUUUCUUGUAUUUUGCACCGGAAACGUUUCAAGGCAUUCUCUUUGACUUCUGUGCAUUGCUUUCUGGUGUAUGGACGAACUUGCUAGGCAUUGUAGCUGGAUUUUUCAUUCUUAAUGCUGUAAUUUAUUUGCUAAAGGUGGGUUAUUCCUUCUACGAGAAUCAUAGUAACCAAAAUAGAAAACCUACCUUACAUUGGCUCACUAUUGUUCGACCGGAAAUAUCAGAUCAAGUUAGUUACUCGAAUUCGGCUCUUUGUUUCAUGUGUUACGAAUGCGAUCCUUCUGAACUUGGUACAUCUUUCAGAAAUGUUCUCAUAAUUACAUUGGUGAUGUCGUUGCUGAUGUGGCUUGGAAGUGACAAAAUUGUCAUCAAGCACGUCACUAUCCCCGUCAAGAACUUUACUGGGUCGAAUGGGUCAUUCAAGAUAGCCCUGGUAUCUGAUAUCCAUGCUGGCGCAAGUGUGCACAGAGAACAAGUUUCCAAAGUGGUUGAUAAACUUCUUGAUCUCCAUGUUGAUGCUGUGGCAUUAGUGGGUGACUUGGUCGAUGGACCAUUAAGAAGUUUGGAAGACCGAAUGGUGCCGCUGUGGAUGCUUCUCUACAGAUACCGAACCUAUUUUGUCUCAGGAAAUCAUGAGUAUUACUACGGUGAUGCUAUGGAAUGGUUUAAAGAAUACGACCGCCGUGGAAUUCGCGUGCUAAAUAACAAAUGUGACAUGUUUCAAGGCAUAUGUGUUGUGGGUGUGAAUGACAUUUCAAGCGGAAACUCAGGAAUACAUGGUCAUACACAUGCAGGACAAUACUAUGUUCUCGUGCCAGUAGUUUCGUGGUUAUUGCCCUAUUUUCAUGGUCUCUAUGAUCUCGGACAUGGAAAGCUGUUCGUUUCGGCUGGCACGCUUUAUCAGAUAAGAGAUGGAAAAGGCUACGAAGUCGGGAAUAGGCGACGUUUUAUUGCGACUUUACGAAUGGAAUGCUUCAUGCUUUUGUGCAACUUCUUUAUUUACAGCCAGCUAAUGGCUUACUAUGAGAGGAGAAGCUGCGAUAAGUCGAACAACCAAGAGAAAAGUCGCACGGUUGCUUCUGCUGCUCUGAUUUCUUUUAUGAUUGCAUCACAAGGGAUGUAUUUCCUGUAUUUCGCUUCUGAAGAAGUCCAAGACCGAUUCUUUGACGUUUGCGCAUUCUUUUCUGGAAUUUGGAUCAAUUUGCUCGGGCUUGUUGCUGGUUGUUUUAUUGUCAAUUCUGUGGUACACAUUUUGAACGCAGUGUCGUCUGCUAAUUUUAUAGUGAGAAGAAUGCGUGGAAUUCCUUAUCUUAGCUCUUUGCUGUUCGAUCGACGGUGUCAAAUAAGAGCUAUUCUUUUGCUCUCUGUGGUAAUGUCGUUCGUGAUGUGGGUCGGCAGCGACGAUGUUCUUGUCAAACAAAUCACUAUUCCUGUCAAGAUUGCUAAAGUCUCUAGCAAACUGCAUGAUCUCGAUGUUGAUGCUGUGGCAUUAGUGGGUGACAUGGUUGAUGGACCAGUGAAAAUUUUGGCAAAUCGCAUGGAGCCCCUGUGGAGUGCUCUGAAACGGCAUCAUACAUAUUUUGUCUCUGGCAAUCACGAAUAUUACUACGGUGAUGCAAUGAUGUGGUUCGUCGAGUAUGAAAUUCAUGGAGUCCGCGUACUCAACAACAGGUCAGCUGCGGCAUGCGAAAUGUUCCGAAACAUCUGCGUGAUUGGUGUGAAUGACGUGACAAGCAAAAUCGCGGGGGUUCGUAGUUUCUCCCUAAAGUUUUAUGAUAUUCUCUUCGUACAGAGGAAUCCGAGCCACAGAUAUGUAGACGAAAUAGUCGGUCAUCACAUGAAUCUCACCGAAGCAAUGCGAAAUUGUACUGAUGGUACCUCACGUGUCCUGUUGGCUCACAAUCCAUCCAGCUUGUCCAAGUUUUCUGCUAAAGACUUGGACAAAAUCGAUAUUGUUUUGUCAGGCCAUACACAUGCUGGGCAAUACUAUGUAGUUGCGCCAGCGAUUUGGUUACUGUGGCCAUAUUUGUAUGGUCUCUACGAUAUCGGCCAUGGAAAACUAUUUGUUUCGGCCGGAACCCUCUAUGGGGGAGCUCCGAUGAAAAUGUUGUGGAUGUCUGAGAUAUGGAUUGUUGAACUGGUGAAAGAGACAGUUUAG